ACGGUGGAAGCAAAAUUAGGUGGUAGUUACACUUAUUUAAUAAUCUUGGCUGGCAGAAGUUCCUUUUCCCACUCCACACCGCCACCAUAUAACUCCUAUCCAUCCAUCUAUUACUCUUCACAAACUUCUUCUUCUUCACAAUAAUGGGCACCAUGAGAUCAUGUUUAAGCUUGUUGAUGGCGUUGCUCAUGUUGGUUUCAGUUUCAGGUCAAACACUGGCUCCUCAGCCCUCCGCCGCCUUUGGACCAUCAGCUACCCCUAUGGGGCCAUCUAUGGGGCCAUCAGCCUCAAAUGACUGUAUAAAUAAACUUCUUAACAUGUCAGAUUGCUUGUCGUAUGUGACAGCCGGAAGCAAUGUGACGGUGCCGGACAAGCCGUGCUGCCCUGAGCUGGCGGGGCUGGUGGAGAGCAACCCCAUUUGUUUGUGUGAUCUUCUUGGCCAGAGUUCUAGUUUUGGACUGAAUAUUGAUCUCAAUAGGGCUCUUAAGUUGCCUUCCGUCUGUAAAGUUGCUACUCCUCCCGUUUCUUUGUGCUCAGCUGUGGGAGUUCCAGUUCCAAGUCCAAGUCCAAGUCCAAGUGAAGCACCCGUGCCUGGUAAUGGAGGUGCUGGUAGCCCUUCCUCAGGAAACACUAACAGUGGAGCCUCAACCUCAAGCAUUGAACGCUACGUUUUGGCUGUAGUUGUUGGCGGCUUGCUUUUUGCAUUUUUAAUUUAAGGGAUUUGGAUUGGACUU